CCUUCUCCCCUCCAAAUUCCCUGCCAGCUUCGUCACUCCCAGCUCCGCCUUGAAGCCGAUUCAUCCAUCGAAGAAGAAGAGAUGGAAGAGGGAGCGAACGGCACGGUGACGCCGCUGGCGUCGAUGUUCCCGGCGGACGAGGCUCAGAAGGCGGCGGGGCGCGUGCAGGACGCGAUCGCCGAGAAGCGCCGGGAGCUCGACCGCGUCAGGGGCUUCGCCGCCGACAACGCCGCCCUCGUCAACCUCGUCCAGAAGCUCCCCGAGGAGCUUCACCACGACGUCAUGGUUCCUUUUGGGAAAGCUGCAUUUUUCCCUGGCCGUUUGAUCCACACCAAUGAAUUCACAGUUCUGUUGGGAGAAGGUUACUAUGCCGAGAGGACAUCCAAACAAACGGUGGAAAUUUUGAAAAGAAGAGGGAAAGCUUUAGAAACCCAUGUGGAUUCUCUUAAGUCAAUCAUUGAGGAUCUGAAAACUGAGGCCUCCUUUUUUGACAAGACAGCUUCUGAAGCAGCUGAGGGUCUCGUGGAGAUAAGGGAAGAGCUUUCUGGGGAAGAAUCUGAUGAAGGAUCAUCUGAAUUGGGUCAAAAAGAAGAUGCUCCUAGUAUCUCUGUGGAAGACAAGGGGAAAAUUCUAAAUGAAGAUGAAGAAUAUGAUCGCCUUAUGUCCAAAUUGGAUGAACUUGAGAAGGAAGAACUUGCUGCUGAGGCAGCAGACAAUAUUGAAGAAGAGACAAAUGAAGUUGAUCCUGAUGUAGUCUCGGAUCAAAGUUCUUUCCAUCAAAAUCUCAAAGAUUUGGAGGGAUCUCAUUCGUGUAUGCCUCCAAGCCACUCUGAACGACAAGCAAGUAAUGAAGAAUUCUUGAGACAAACGCGACAACAACCAACUUUAGUGGAGAAAUUAAAUCCCAGUGAUUUCACAAUCGCAUCUUCUCAAAAAGACAAAACUUCUCAUGGGAAUGACCCGUUGUGGAAUCUAAAAGGCCCCAAUAUUGCAGACAAGAGUCCGAAGCUUCCUGCAUUGGAGGAGAAUGAUCAUGCAGGAUCAUCAAAUAAUGAGGUCCCUAUUCAACCUCCUAAACCAAAAGUUGAUAGUCUCAGGGCUUUUACUGGCUCUAUCAUUGAGCAUUCCCCCAAUCUUCCAAUUAAUCCAGGGGAGCCCUCUGCAACUUCAUCAAAGGUUCCUGGUUCUCAAUCAUCAAAACCACUGUCCAGAUUCAGAAUGCAAAGGAAAUAGUUGCUGCUGCUGCUUCUUUAAGUCUGUUGCGCCUCAAGCAGCUUCGUGGAUGACAGAGUUUCAAACAAAGGUGCUCUAGGAUGUAGAGCAUGCAGUGUUUUGGUCUACACACGAGUGAAUCAUCGAGUGACUCAUCACUUUUGCCCCGCUGGUGCUUCGUUUCUACUCAGUCUUUGGCAGGUCAUUGAGGAAAUGCAGUUUGACAUGGAAGCUGGACAUACUGCUUGUGUCUCGAGUUUGAGUUCCAGCUAUGAAUUUUCAGAACGAUAGAGAGAAAGAGGGGGCCUAGGCCCCACAUAAUGACCAUAACAACUGGAAAUGUGCGUGAGUCAACCGAUGUUCCUGAAAAGAUAAUGCGCUUGUUACAAUUUAUGAGAUUAAUUAAUGGUAGUAGGAACAACCGAAUGUUAGGAAGCCUUUUGCCUGUGUCAUAACGACUGGUGUUGUAGCUGGCCUGCUCUUAUCCAUUUCCAAGGACUACCAUCCCGAUGGUACAUUGUGACAAAUGCAAACUUGGUACCGAUUGAUUAAGUCAA